AUGUGGUUUCUAGAUAAUACUCGACAAAGCGGAGACCAGGGUUGGAGGCGUCAUCUUUGGCCUAUAAAAGCUGCUGCAAGAGGCCAAGGCCACAAGCCACUCAGCUUAGGCCAGCCUACGAGUCUGCUCCUCGCUCCUCCUGUGUUGGCUUUCAGCCCCAUGGCGCUCUGGUUGACUGUGAUCAUUGCUUUCACCUGCCUUAGUGGCCUUGCCUCCCCAGGUCCUGUGCAUAACUUAACAACCACCAAGGAGCUCAUUGAGGAACUGGCCAACAUCACCCAGAAUCAGGCAUCCCUCUGCAAUGGAAGCAUGGUGUGGAGCGUCAACCGGACCACCAGCAUGUACUGUGCAGCUCUGGAAUCUCUGACCAGUGUCUCCAACUGCAGCGCCAUCCACAGGACCCAGAGGUUGCUGAAAUCACUGUGUUAUCAGGAUAAAUCGGCAGGGCAGAUCCCCAGUAAGCACAGCCAGGACACCAAAAUUGAAGUGAUCCAGUUGGUGAAAAACCUGCUCACCUACGCACGGGGUGUUUUUCGCCAUGGAAAUUUCCCAUGA